CGGGUAUAUGUCUUUCCCGCGAACUGGUAGCGCUCGCGCAUGCUAGGUGAUGCAAGGAGGUUUAGUCUGUCAUUAGGAUUAUCGCAACAAUACAGUGGAAACAACCUUUUAUACUUGCACAAAUGGCGAAGCAAAGCUCCAUUUUCAAUUUUUUCAACAAGUCUCCGCCGCCGGUCUCCAAGCCGAAGCCGGGUCCCUCUCCGUCCGAGGCAGACCUGCCUUCCUCCGUAGAGAAGUCCAACUCCUCUCCAAAGGAGCAAGCUAAACAGACAUCACAACAACCAACCAAGACCAACAAAGUUAAACCGAAAAGUAAAGAGAAGUCUUCAAAAGGGGGAUUCAACAAACUAUUUGGCGACCAGGCCUCAACAACCAAACAGAGCAACACAUGCUCAUUCAGUGCUGGUGCCCUUGUGUGGGCCAAAUUGGAGGGACACCCCUGGUGGCCAUGCAUGGUGGUACCCCAACCUCUGACUGGACAGCAGAUGAGGGGCAGGGGUCGGGCCCAACGCAUACAUGUCCAUUUCUUUGAUGAACCCGCUACUAGAGGAUGGGUCAGCACCAAAUAUAUCCGAGAGUACCAAGGCUCCGACAGCAGUGACGCUAAAACAGGAGGGUUGUUCUUCAGCGCUAAACCUGUAAUCCGUCAUGCAAUGGAGCUCGCUGAUGGAGUUAUGUUUGAAAGCCCUGAAAAAAGAUUAAAGGUUUUGCUCUGUAUGGAUCCAUCUGAUGAGGAGGAGGAGGAGGAGGAGGAGGAGGAGGAGGAGGAGGAGGAGGAGGAUGAAGAAAUGGAGCUUGACAAGUCAACAUUGAGUGAUGAAGAGGUCAGCGAUGAGGAAGAACAGAACAAUGAAAAAGGGAAGUCGGCCAAGGUCAGUCGACGUUCAUCCCGUUCAACGGAAAAUGGAAAUAAGGCCAAGCGCCGCCGCAUAGUUGUAGCCUCAGACAGUGAUGGAUCAGAUGAGGAAUUCAAACCAGAACAAGCUGUGUCCAGCAGUGAUGAGGAUGAGGAGGAAGAAGCGGCAACGGUGGGUAGUGAUGAUGACAAAGGGGAGACUACAAAUGAGUCGGAAGCAGAAAGCCCCAUCAAGCCUGUGAAGCGCAAACGUCCUGCAGAACAGUCUGCUCCAACAAAAGCCAAGAUACCUACUACCCCGUCUAACGCACCAAAACGAGCUCCAGCAGCUAUUGCAGUCGACACAAAGUCUCGUCUGUCAGCCUUCUCUGCCCCUGACAACUUUGAGGGCCAGGCAAACGGAUCAGGCACCGGCGGAAGCGCCACAAUUUGGGACCACGAGAAGCUGGAGUGGUGGCAGGACGGCAGAAGGAAAGACGGCCGAAGGAGGCGACAGUCAGAGGAUGACUACGAUCCCACCACCCUGUAUGUGCCAGAAGACUUUCUCAACAGAGUCACUCCUGGUAUGCGUCGGUGGUGGCAGCUCAAAUCUCAGAUGUUUGAUACAGUAAUUUUCUACAAGGUGGGAAAGUUUUAUGAGCUCUACCACAUGGAUGCUGUGAUCGGAGUCAACGAGAUGGCACUAACAUUCAUGAAGGGGACCUGGGCACACUCGGGCUUCCCAGAGAUCGGCUUUGCGCGUUUCUCAGAUGUACUGGUCCAGAAAGGCUACAAAGUGGCUCGUGUGGAGCAGACGGAGACCCCAGAGAUGAUGGAAGCACGCUGUAAGACAAUGGCUAAACCCACAAAGUUUGACCGCGUGGUGAGAAGAGAAGUGUGCCGGAUUAUCACACGUGGCACACAAACCUACAGUGUGUUGGACGGCGCUCCCUCUGAGAGUCAGAGCAAGUUCCUGCUGAGUUUAAAGGAGAAGGCUGAAGAGGAAAUCUCGGGUUGUUGCCGUACCUACGGAGUCUGCUUUGUGGAUACCUCUGUAGGAUAUUUUCAUGUCGGUCAGUUCCCAGACGACCGUCACUGCUCACGUCUGCGCACUCUGAUAGCACACUUUGCCCCUGCUGAGGUGCUCUUCGAAAAGGGGAACCCAUCUGUUGAAACGCGCAAAAUACUCAAGGCCUCUCUGUCCUCUGCUCUGCAGGAAGGACUUAAUGCAGGCACCCAGUUCUGGGAUGCUCAAAAGACUCUGAAAACCCUUUCAGAAGAGGAUUACUUUCGAGAGACUGCUGGCAAGGAUCAGGGGACAGGGAACAACUUCCUUCCUGCUCUUCUAAAAAAGAUGACCUCUGAGAGUGAUUCACUGUGCCUUACGCCUAAAGAGGGCUAUGAGCUGGGACUCUCAGCACUGGGUGGAUGCAUUUUCUAUCUGAAGAAAUGUCUGGUAGACCAAGAGCUGCUCUCUUUGGCCAACUUUGAAGAAUAUGUCCCUGUUGAUGUUGAGCUGGAGAAAGCUGCUGGGCCUGCCAGUUUCUUUGCCCGGACUCGUCAGCGGAUGGUCCUUGACGGAGUGACUCUGGCAAACUUGGAAAUCUUUCAGAAUGGGUCAGGAGGAACUGAAGGGACGCUGCUGGAGCGUUUGGACACCUGCUCUACCCCGUUUGGCAAAAGGCUGCUGAAGCAGUGGCUCUGUGCUCCUCUGUGUAACCCUACAGCCAUCAAGGACAGACUGGAUGCAGUGGAAGACCUGAUGGGAGCUCAGGCCCAGGCUACUGAGGUUUCAGACCUGCUGAAGAAGCUCCCAGAUUUGGAGCGACUUCUGAGUAAAAUCCACAGCAUUGGCACUCCUCUGAAGGGCCAGGAUCACCCUGACGGCAGAGCAGUUCUCUAUGAGGAGGUCACCUACAGCAAGCGCAAGAUAGCAGACUUCCUCUCAACACUGGAAGGUUUCACAACUAUGCAGGAGAUCAUUACUGUCCUUGCUCCAGUUGCAGACGACUCUCAAUCCACGUUGCUCCAUCAAAUUGUCAGUGUGAAAGGUGAAAAAGACGGCCUCUUUCCCGACCUCUCUGUUGAACUGAAGCGCUGGGAGACGGCCUUCGACCACCAGAAAGCCCGCACCACUGGUGUCAUAACCCCCAAAGAUGGCUUUGACCCAGAGUUCGACGAGGCUCUGACUUCAGUCAAGAACUGUGAACGAGAGCUGCAGGAUUACCUGGACAGACAGAAGACGAGACUUGGCUGUAAAAGCAUGUCCUAUUGGGGGACCGGGCGAAACCGCUUCCAGAUGGAGGUGCCAGACAAAGUCUCAGAGAGGAGUAUUCCCGAGGAGUAUGAUGUGAAGUCUACAAAGAAAGGCUGGAAGCGUUAUGUGACAAAGGAGUCUGAACGGCUGUUCUCAGAGCUGCAAGGAUUCGAGGAGAAGAGAGACGCUGCCCUGAAAGACUGCAUGAGGAGGCUCUUCUACAACUUUGACAAGAACUACAGAGACUGGAAGACUGGUGUGGAGUGCAUGGCAGUGAUUGAUGUGCUGCUGGCCUUAUCACGCUACAGUCAGGGCGGAGACGGGCCGAUGACUAGGCCACAGGUGGUACUCCCCGAGGAUGGUGACCAGGUAGCGCCCUUCCUUGACCUCACUGGAUCCCGCCACCCCUGUGUCACCAAGACCUUUUUUGGCGAUGACUUCAUCCCUAAUGACAUCUACAUUGGCUGCACUGGUAGCAGUGAAGCUGAUGAGGAAAAGAAACAAGCCUCCUGUGUCCUCGUCACGGGGCCAAACAUGGGUGGAAAGUCUACUCUCAUGAGACAGUGUGGACUUGUGAUUAUCCUUGCUCAGCUGGGUGGCUAUGUUCCUGCCGAGAGCCUGCGCUACACACCAGUCGACAGAGUCUUCACUCGGCUGGGAGCCUCGGAUCGUAUCAUGGCUGGUGAGAGUACCUUCUUUGUGGAGCUAAGUGAGACUGCCAGCAUCCUGCACCAUGCCACUAAACACUCACUUGUGCUCCUGGAUGAAUUAGGAAGGGGCACAGCCACAUAUGAUGGCACAGCGAUUGCCAGUGCUGUUGUGAUGGAGCUUGCUGAGAAGAUCUCCUGUCGCACCCUCUUCUCUACACAUUACCACUCCCUGGUGGAGGACUACGCCAACAACCCCGCUGUGCGGUUGGGCCACAUGGCGUGCAUGGUGGAGAACGAAUGUGAGGAUCCGAGUCAAGAGACGAUCACAUUCCUCUACAAGUUCAUCACUGGUGCUUGCCCGAAGAGUUACGGCUUCAACGCGGCUCGCCUCGCCAGCCUGCCAGAGGUGGUCAUCCAAUCAGGACACAGGAAGGCCAGGGAGUUUGAAAAGAGCACCAUCAGCCUCAGACUCUUUAAGAAGCUCUGCAGAUUUGCUGAAGAUGCUACUGUGGGCAACACACACUUUGACUCACUGUUUCAGAUGCUUAACACCCUGUAGUUUGUAAAGCAUGCUUUGUUCUUGCUGAAUAUUUGUUUCAUCAAUUCUUGAAAAAACACUACUGUAAUGAUCUAAUAAAGUUUAUUUU